UUCAUUCACUAUGUCCAAGGGACUUUUGGGCCUUUGGCUUCUGCUGGCAGUGCUAAAUAGGCUACAGUGUUCGAAUGCUUAUCAAUCUGGUGGCAGCUAUUAUGAUGCUGGCCAGUCCGGGUUAUCAGCAUCAACGCAAUCAUCUUAUGGCGGCAGUGCCAGAAUUCAAGAGCAGCCCAUCUAUGAGCGCGAAUCGGCUUGUCCAGCGGGUUUUACGGGUCUAAAGCCAUAUCCUCAUGAUUGCCAUCGAUUCGUCAAUUGUUUCAAUGGACGUCCAACCAUUCAGACCUGUGCACCGGGCACUCUAUUCGACGCCAGAAACUUGCAAUGUGAUUCACCCAGCAAGGUAUCCUGUAACGGAGACAUUGCUGAAGCAGCUGCAGCAGCAGUGAAUUCCAAUCAAUCCAGUCGUUCGGCUCGUUUGAGACAAAUCAACACUGAACCCAAGUGUCCAGCUGGUGUUAAUGGAUUGCAUCCGCAUCCUUUUGAUUGCACCAAGUUCCUCAAUUGUGCCAAUGGUCAAACUUUUGUGCAGAGUUGCGGACCAGGCACAGCAUUUAGUGCAUCUCUUCUGAUCUGUGACUACAAGAACAAGGUGGAUUGUGGAGCUGGUAUCAGUGGUGGUGUUGCUGCAUCAGAGGCCUACGAAGGUGGCUACGAGGAAAGUAGUGGUCCGAGCUGUCCUCCGGGUGUGCGUGGCCUUUAUCCUCAUCCGCAUGACCAGCGUAAAUAUUUGCGAUGUGGCAUAGGUGUAAAGGCGCAGGUGGAGCAAUGCCCGGCCACCCAGAUCUUUGAUGGUCAACGGUUGGUGUGUGUUUUCUCUGCCACCGCCACCAACUCCCAAUUGUCUUCCGCUCUGUCUGAUCAACAUCUCAAUGAUCUGUUGUGCCCUGCCGGUGUGGUGGGUCUAUUUGCCCAUCCCUUUGAUCAGACCAAGUACUUGCAUUGCAAGGCGGGCAAAGUGGCCAUUCAGAGUUGCAUUCCGAAUUAUGUGUUUAGCAUACCGAAUGCAUACUGUAAGCUCAAGACGGAGGCCCUCUACGGUGAAUAUGUGGCCUAUAUUGUGUCAGUGGUCAGCUAUGAGUAUUCUCUGAUCUUAACCGCUUGUCCGGCUGGCACCGAUGGCCUCCAUCUUUAUCCCUACGAUGGCAACAAGUACAUACGUUGUUCCAAUGGCAAAAUGUCCAUACUGAGAUGUGAGCAGCAGAUGGCCUUCAGUUUGUCGCAGCGAAUUUGUCGGCCUCGUCGCCUCUUGGCUUCGGGUGACUAUGUAAGGUUCUUCGAGGAAUUGCAGGUGGAGCUGACGGGAGCCCAAAGCGGUAGCUAUAGCUAUCGGGAUAGCCAAGCCUUUCAGUCCUCGCUAUCGGCAUGUCCACGUAGCCUUCAAGGCAACUAUCCAUAUCCCUUUCACGGCGCCUACUUCAUCAGAUGCCAGAAUGGUUUACUUCAGGUGGAGUCUUGUCCACGAGGUUUUGUCUAUAGUUUGGGUCAGCGCAAGUGCGGUAAUCCUCGGGAACUUUCGGAGCACGACUAUUUGAGUUACUCACACAGAACAUUGCAAAUCUCUACUGACUUUAUGCAAGACUUAACCACAGUCACUUGUCCCACUCAGAUAAGUCAUGGCUAUUAUCCGCAUCCCUUCGAUUGCACCAAGUAUCUUAUAUGUCGGGAUCAACAAACGUCCGUGGCCAGUUGUGACCAGGGCACCGUUUUUAGCAUCUCCCAGCAGGUGUGCGUGGCCAGAGAUCAGUUGGCCGAAAAUGAUCGUGUUGAGUAUUUGAGUGAGACGCAACACGAGUUCUAUAACCAGGAAGAGGCAGAGGCAGAGGUGUCGGUGACUAGAGAGAACCAUCUCGGACAUCAACAUCAAGGUGAAGUCAAUUGUCCGCCUGGAGCUCAGGGACUUCAACCGCAUCCAUUCGAUUGCACAAAAUUCCUGAAUUGCGCCAAUGGUCAGACAUUUAUUCAAAACUGCGGCCCUGGCACAGCAUGGAAUAGAAUUUCCCAAGUCUGUGAUCACAAAGAUAAGGUGGCAGAAUGUCACACUGGGACGACAGCCUAUUCAUCACCGGGAACCAGCCACGGCUCCACUCUUAUCUCAGGAAACUCUGGAGUCUAUAUACCUUCAGCAUCUGGCUCCAGCUUCAGCUCCAUCUCUGGUAACGGUGCGGUCUAUUCACCUGCAACAUUCAGCUCCAGUUCCACUUCAACCUCUGGGAACGCUGGCGUCUAUUCACCUUCAGCAUCUGGCUCCAGCUUCAUCUCUGGAAACGCCGGAGUCUAUUCACCUUCAGCAUCUGGCUCCAGCUUUAGCUCCAUCGCUGGUAACGGUGCAGUCUAUUCACCCUCAAUAUCUAGCUCCAGUUCCACUUCUACCUCUGGGAAGGCUGGCGUCUAUUCACCUUCAGCAUCUGGCUCCAGCUUCAGCUCCAUCUCUGGCAACGGUGCAGUCUAUUCACCUGCAACAUUCAGCUCCAGUUCCACUUCAACCUCUGGGAACGCUGGCGUCUAUUCACCUUCAGCACCUAGCUCCAGCUUCAUCUCUGGAAACACCGGGACCUACUCACCUUCAACAUCCAGCUCUAGUUCCACUUCUAUCUCUGGGAACUCUGCUGCCUUUUCCUAUAAGCGUUUAAUAUGUCCCAGUUCAGUUUAUGGACUCUUCCCGCACCCCUUUGAUGGCAGCAGCUAUGUGAGUUGUCAAGAGGGUCAUACUCAAAUCCAGCAGUGUCCCUCUGGUCAUGUCUUCAGUCUGUCCCAAGGAUAUUGUGUGUACGAGCAACAUGUAGCUAGCUGGGAUCAUAUCACAGGGUAUCAGCGACAGGCCCAACAUCUGCAGCAGCAAGAAAUCGAUUUUCUGUUCUGUCCACAAGAUGGCCAUCAUGUGUAUCCCUUUGAUUGUUCCAAGUUUCUUAGCUGCGAGGGCAAUGACAUUCUACUAGUCAGUUGCCCACCCGGCGAACAUUUCAGCUUUUCGCAACACAGAUGCCAGGGAGUGGAGCAAGUGCAGCGACAGGAACGCCUCUAUACCAUAAGCGAACUGCUUAUCAUCUACGAAUGGUGGCAGCAGAUCAAAACUCAAUCGCUAGACGCCGCCAUUUUCUGCCCCAUGGGUUUGAGUGGCUCGAUACUUUUGCCACAUCCACGAGUGCCAAGCAAAUAUCUCACUUGUCCACAGUCGGCGGAACGGCGGCUGGCUUCGAUUUCGGAUUGCUCCCCAGAACAGAUUUUCAGUAUCUCGCGCAAGUUGUGUUUAGCCAGUGCUCUGGUGGCCCGAAAUGACCGAUGCGACUACAAUUACGAUGUUAUGAUAGAUCAGUCGUCCUAUGAGAGUCGUCAAUCGAAAGCCUACAAUGAAGGCAGGGGGGAAAGUGCCGGUGGUAAUCGUUGGAGCUCCAUGAAUAUGCAGCGUCCAGCUGGCAUUGGCUUCACAAAUUACCAUCAGCAGCAGCAGCAGCAGCAGGUUGGACAAGUGAAUCAGCAAUAUGGCGGCGAAGCAGGAGGCUGGUCUGGUCAUGGCACCUCUUUUACCCAUCGUAUACCCACACAGAGUGUGCUCUAUGUGGAAGGAUCCCUACAGCCGAAUCGUAAUUAUCCCAGUUAUAAGACUCCAUUGGCACCCAUGGCUCCUGCCUCUACAGAUCAUGUGUAUUACGCUAAUCCAGUUGUGGAAGAGGUCGAAGAGGAGGAGGAGGAUCAGCAGCAGCAGCACCAUAACCACCACCACCACCAACAACCACAACCACAUCAGUCACACUACUCACCCAAUAGUUUGUCACGUCAAGACUUUAGUAGAGAUUUGGUUGGAGCUGGCCAACAAUAUCCCAAUCAUGACUUGCCACCAUUGGCUCCUUUAGGCGGACAGCAACCUCUUGAUUUAGAUUAUACACCAGAUGCUGGACAGCAAUCAGUUGACCUAGACCAAAAUCUCACGCCACACAGUCCAUCACAUGACCAGUUUCCCAGUGAAACACAUCAGGAACCUGUAGAUUUAUAUGACCCGCCCGUUAAGGGUUUCCCUACGCCAUCCUCUCCGUUGCCUCACCAACCAGUUAUAGACGAGUCAAAUUUGUAUGGAGGCUUGCAACCUCCACCACCACCAGCACCAACUCCAGCAGCACAACCUUCUACCCCAUCCACAACACGUUUGCCUACAAAUCUUCGUACAUUUCCCAUCUAUCCACCCAUGGCCAAUGUUAGCUCACCGAAAGAGGUCAGGCCACCACAUUAUAGUCCUGGCUAUGCAGCUGUAGCUCAUUCCCAUAAUACAUCUUGGCAAAAGAUUCCGCCGCCAACUACUACACCAAAAGCUCAUGAUCCUUUCAUUCCUUCCGAGGAUAUCGAUGAUAAUUUGGAUGAGUUUGGAGAGAGCACAACUAAGAGGCAUGAUCUUAGUCCGCCUCCUUUUGAUCAUAAAUUUUACAAUCCCACAUUAAAUUCUAGAGCUGCUAAAGCAGAUUCCAAUUCCGAUCCUUCAAAUGAUCAACGGAUUUUCGGUGAGGCUUUGCGUCUAAUGCUGCGUCCCUAUUUCAAUCACAGUGGCAAUGCCCCGGAGAUUUUAGCCAAACAAACUGAAUCAGCCAUAGCUACGGUGAUAAGCAAGCCACCUACCUCUAGAACUAUUGCAUCCACAUCCACAACAACCACUCCCAGAAAUUCCAUACGACCCGACGAUGAUGUUGAACUCAUUGUGGCCGGCGAGCAGGAAAGCCUGGACAUUGAAACGAACGAAUCUGACAGCGACUCUGACUCUGUUGUUCCAGAUGCUGAGGAAACGACACACACUGAGCAGACCAUAAAUCCUACAACCUAUGCUUUUGGUGAUACACAAAAUGAUUUUCAUCGUGGCACACGCAAGGUGGACAUCGAUUCAAUGACGACCACAACCACCACAUCCAGCACAACUACCGCCACAAACAACAAAAACAACAACAACAACAAUUGGCAUACGCCGCACAAUCGUGAUUUUCAUAGGCGUCAUCCAAAUUUGCCCGAUCCAUUUGAGAAGCCGCAUUCUCACCAUCAGCAUCAGCACCACAACAAUCACCAUUACCAUAGUCCCCUCUAUCAUAGCCAGCAUCCCGAAUUGCUCAAUCCCUUUCGGCAAAAUCCCGAACAGAAUAGUCCUGACACGACGACUCCUGACAUAGUUCAUCAUCAGCAUCAUCACCCCGAUCAACGUUUGCCCAAAUCUUUUGACUCGCCAAAAGAUCAAGAUGAGGAUGAGGAUGAGGAAUAUCUACCCAAUCCUAACGCUGAGGAAACAACACCUAAAUCUCAAUAUCAGAUAUCCAUGCGUAGUAAUUUCCAGGAUAAUGACUGCGAAUUCGAUUGCGGCAAUGGCAAGUGCAUUAAACAAAAGGAAGUGUGCAACGGAGUGAAUAACUGUGGCCCGAAUCGCCGGGACGAGAGCCAGUGUCAACAUUUGGGCUAUCAGGUGCGGUUAACUGGCGGCGAGAACUCUCACAUGGGACGCGUUGAAGUUAAGGUCAACGGUCAAUGGGGUUACGUGUGUGAUGACAAGUUUGGUUUACGGGAUGCCGAUGUUGUUUGCCGCGAAUUGGGCUAUAAAAUGGGCGCACAAGAAGUGCGUGGCAAUUCGUAUUAUGCCCCACCUGAUCGCAACUUCAACUAUAUGAUGGACAAAGUGGAGUGCCAGGGUAAUGAGACAAUGCUCAAGGAUUGCCAAUUCAAGGGCUGGGGCAUUCACAAUUGCGGUGUCGAUGAAGUCGUAGGAGUAGUCUGCAAAGUUCCCGUGCUCAAGUGCCCGAACAACUAUUGGCUGUGUCACACCUCUAAGGAAUGCAUCCCACCAGCCUUUGUAUGCGAUCAUACAGAGGAUUGUGCCGAUAAAUCGGACGAGAGUGAAGCAGUUUGUAAGGCUCCCAUUGAGUAUCGUUUGGAGGGUGGACGCAAUCCAAGUGAAGGUCGCCUGGAGGUGAAGUACCAUGGUGUCUGGGGUAGUGUUUGUGAUGACGAUUUCAGUGCAAAGUCAGCGCAAAUUGCCUGCAAUUCUUUGGGAUACUAUGGAUCAGCCAAAAUCGAGAAAAAUAUCUUUGGUCCUGCAAGUGGACCCAUUUGGCUGGAUGAGGUCAUGUGUCAUGGCAAUGAAAGUAGCAUCGAUAAAUGCAGUCACUGGAAUUGGGGCGAACAUAAUUGCAAUCAUACUGAAGAUGUAAGUUUACGUUGUACAGCUGGGCCACCACCAACCCGGCAGCAGCGUCAGCAGAGUGUUCGCCUUCACUCAGUGGGUGGUGGCAGCCACAACAUCAAGGGAAGCCCAUCCGGGCAAAUUAGUCAUCCCGCCUUUACUUUAUCGGACAUUGGACUGUGGGAACGUUCCAGCAAGGCUCUACAUACGCCACGCCGUUGCGGCAUCUUCAAAGAUGAUCUAACCGAUGAGUAUGCCCAUCCUGAGGAGCGUGUGAUUAAGGGUAAUAUAGCGCGUCGCGGCCGACAUCCUUGGCAGGCCACCAUACGUACCCGUGGUCGUGGCGGCAUCUCAAGUCAUUGGUGCGGCGCUGUUGUCAUCUCUAAGCGUCAUCUUCUGACUGCUGCCCAUUGCCUGUACGGUCAUCCAAAGGGAUCCUACUUUGUGCGUGUCGGUGAUCAUUAUGCCAAUAUUGCUGAAUCCUCUGAAGUGGAUUCGUUCAUUGAGAACUGGUAUACACAUGAGAAAUUCCGCGAUGGUUCACACAUGAACAAUGACAUUGCAGUGAUUGUGCUUAAAACUCCGCUUAAAUUUAGUGACUAUGUCCAGCCAAUUUGCUUACCAGAAAAGAAUGUGCCUCUUGGCGAGAAUCGAACCUGCACCAUAUCAGGUUGGGGCUCCAUUAAGUCCGGUUUGUCCACUCCAUCCCAGAUUCUUAGAUCAGCUCAGUUGCCCAUUUUAUCUGAUGCCACUUGCAAACGCUCAAAUGUCUAUGGCGAUGCAAUGACCGAUGGAAUGUUCUGUGCCGGCUCCAUGGAUGAGAGUGUAGACGCAUGUGAGGGCGAUUCUGGUGGUCCACUUGUCUGCUCUGAUGAAGAUGGCGAAACUCUAUAUGGCAUUAUAUCAUGGGGACAGCAUUGCGGUUAUCAGAAUAGACCGGGAGUUUAUGUACGGGUUUGUCACUAUAUUGACUGGAUCUAUGAGAAAAUCAAUCACAGCUUGACGAAAUUCUAAAAAUCACAUUUCGGAUUUUUCAAAAAACAUUUAGAAUUUAGGACUAUGAACAAGAAUAAAGUCAAUUUGCUUAAAAUAUA